CUACUUUUGGUUUCAAUUCACGAAAAAUAUCAAAUUCAAAUUCGUGGAAUACAAUUGUAAAAUUUAAUGCAUUUAACUUCCGUUAUCAAAAUUUCUACUCUUGAGAAAGACGUUUAAUGGGGUACUGGAGUAAACAAUGGGUAACAACAGAAGAAAGAACAAGGGUAAAACAAGUUUUGGAAAAAAUAAAAAGAAAUCAAACAACGGCAUGGAGGCACUUCCAGAGACAAGCAAAGCCUCGAUAUCAUGGAAACCUUCGUUCUCAUGGAUACCAUGGCUGCUUUGGGGAACUUUGGAACUGUUUACAAUUUGGAAACAUUGGCCAUUUAACAAAAGCAAGCAGACUUUACCAAUAACUAUAAAAGAAGCUGAAACGAUAGAAGACAAGAUGGAAGCACAGAAACGAAAGUUUGAAACUAUGCUGGCGGAAAAGGAUGCCCGAAUUGACGACAGCGAUAAAAAAUUGAAAAUUACGGAGGAACAGAAAGAUAACGACAUAAAACAACUAAAGAUGGAGAACCAAAACCUCGAUUCAAAACGAAAGCAAACUGAAAAAAUUCUACGAGACACAAAGAAGAAGCUAGAUGACGCUGAAGCCAACACAAAACAAAGAGACGACCAGAUUGAACACCUGCAGAUGGAAAAGGGAAAACUUGAUUCAACACUCAAGCAAACUGAACGAGAUAAAACUAUUCUUAACAACGAGCUCCUAACAGUAAGAAAACAGCUUCACGACACUGAGGAAAAGCUGUUUGAAGUUCGAAAGCUGAAAAGAGAAGCGGAGGCAGAAAAGCACGAUGCACUACGAAGGUUGAGCGAAAUGGUGUCGGUCAAAUUGCGUGACAACAAUCCUAACAUUGUGGAUCUAAAUGACGAAUAUAGACCCACAAAGCUGGCGGAGAUGUUCAGUGAACUAUAUGACAACGAGUGGACAGCCGCUUACACGGUCAUGGAAGACAAUGAAUUUCAAGACAGACAGAUGAUAGACUUUCUACUGGACGUUGUCAUGGAAUCCUACAUUUUCUGCAAGGACGAGGUUGAGAAAAGCUGGAAUGUUGUCUCAACAUGGUUUCUAGACGACGAUUUACCGAAAGUGCAGCAAAUGCGAAAGGCGCUCAAAGAUGGAAGAAAGGCGAAAGCUUGGAAGCUGAUUCCGGAUAUUGAAAAAAAAUACACGUCAUACAUAGAAAGUGUUUGUCGACAUGAGCCUCUUAAAAAGCUGCUAUCGAUCGAAGACAUCAGGAAAUACAUGGCUCUCUGCUUAAAGCUCACUUUGCUGAUGAAUGCAAACGAUCCGCCUGUUUAUCUUGAGUGUUCAGGAUGGAAACCGAUCAGAGACCGGGAAGAGGAAGAUAAAGAUUUACAGAAAAGCGAGAAUUCUGGAGAUGAACUUCCUAAUAAUGGAGAACAGCCAAACAGUCAAGACGAUAAAGACGAAGAAAAAGAAACGGCAGAAACAACAGAAACUGACUCAUCUAGUCAAGAUAUCACACCAGAUGACAUGGACCAAGAUGAAGGACAAAAAAUCGAAAAACAACCUGAAGGCAAAAGCAAUGAAAACCCUUCAUCGACUGAGUCAAAAGAACGGUUAGAAAAGAAAGACGGAACCGAAAGUAAUGAAAAUGUGGAAACUGGAUCGUGUCAGCAAGGAGAUGCACCAACGGGCAAUGAUGAUUCAGGUCAAGAUUCAAUUAACAAGGAUAAAGAAAACAAAGAUAAUGCACAAGACAUUGCUACGGAGAAAGAUCUAUCACAAAUAAAAGAGAGUAACGACGAGCUUUCCCCGUCCACCAACGCAGGCGUGAAUGAGGAUGCUGGGGAGGAAAUGGUAGUAAACAACGGUCAUGGCAAUGCCGAAUCUUCUUCAUUGAACAAACUAGUAGAAGAUCCAAUGGACCAAGGAAAUAGCCAAAAUGCAGGAUUCUCUGAUGAACGUCGAAUUAACGAAAUCGAUCAUGAAUGCAAAAACAAUGAAAACCCUUCAUCGACUGAGUCAAAAGAACGGUUUGAAAAGAAAGACGAAACUGAAUGUAAUAAAAAUUUGGAAACUGGAUCGUGUCAGCAAGGAGAUGCACCAACGGGCAAUGAUGAUUCAGGUCAAGAUUCAAUUAACAAGGAUAAAGAAAACAAAGAUAAUGCACAAGACAUUGCUACGGAGAAAGAUCUAUCACAAAUAAAAGAGAGUAACGACGAGCUUUCCCCGUCCACCAACGCAGGCGUGAAUGAGGAUGCUGGGGAGGAAAUGGUAGUAAACAACGGUCAUGGCAAUGCCGAAUCUUCUUCAUUGAACAAACUAGUAGAAGAUCCAAUGGACCAAGGAAAUAGCCAAAAUGCAGGAUUCUCUGAUGAACGUCGAAUUAACGAAAUCGAUCAUGAAUGCAAAAACAAUGAAAACCCUUCAUCGACUGAGUCAAAAGAACGGUUUGAAAAGAAAGACGAAACUGACUGUGAUGAAAAUUUGGAAACUGGAUCGUGUCAGCAAGGAGAUGCACCAACGGGCAAUGAUGAUUCAAGUCAAGAUUCAAUUAACAAGGAUAAAGAAAACAAAGAUAAUGCACAAGACAAUGCUACGGAGAAAGAUCUAUCACAAAUAAAAGAGAGUAACGACGAGCUUUCCCCGUCCACCAACGCAGGCGUGAAUGAGGAUGCUGGGGAGGAAAUGGUAGUAAACAACGGUCAUGGCAAUGCCGAACCUUCUUCAUUGAACAAACUAGUAGAAGAUCCAAUGGACCAAGGAAAUAGCCCAAAUACAGGAUUCUCUGAUGAACGUCGAAAUAACGAAAUCGAUCAUGAAUGCAAAAACAAUGAAAACCCAAAUUCUGCUGAAACAACAAAACCGUCCGAAAACAAAGAAAGAACUGACAGCAAUGCAAAUAAGCAACCUGAGAAUGGUGAGCGAGGGGAAACAGUCGCGGACGCAGUCGAAGUCAAUGGUGACUCGGACCCUGCAUCAUCUCCGACAAAUGAUGAAAAUGGCACCACGAGACUUGAAGAAGAAAAAGAUAAGCUAAAGACCAACAGUCCAAGUUCAGGAUGUGAAAACGAUAACGACGAUUCGAGCAAAAUCUGUGGAAGAGAAUUAAGAAACGAGGUAACUGUUGCAGCGACUAGAGGGGAGUUUGAAAAAGAUAAGUACAAAGAGUACACUACCAGAGGCAAAUAUACUGAAUUCCAUGUUUGGCCAAUCAUGUAUUUGCACAAAGGAGGACCAAUGUUGGGCAAAGGAAUUGCACAAGGAGUAAAGGAUAGUAAGGCCGAACCAAGCGAUAAACCGUGGGCUUGGUGGAAAUAGAUGAACAGCAUAUCCACAAUAAGUAUCGUUAUGGUGACCUUGAAACAUCACGUCGUGUCAGAAUGUGCAUGAAUCAAAAGUGAGCAAAGAAACAAUGUUUGAUAGUGUUAUGAAUGUUUGACAUUUUGAGAGAUGUCGGUGCCAUGAAAGGGAUUUGACUGUUGAGCGGAUCUAGUUAUUGUCUCGAAUUCUUAGUAUACAGACUGAUUGACAUAUUAUUAGUGGUGAUAGUUGUUUAAUCUUCAUUUAUGAUAGUAUUGUGUAUAUUUUUGUAACAAUUAAAAUAUUUCCAGCAUUAAUAAAACUAUAAUCA